AUGUCUAAGACGGAUAUUACGCUCAUUGGAGUCGGCAACAUCGGUGCCGCAAUGGUGAAAGUCUGGCUGAAAGCUGGACUAGCCGUCACCUUGUGGAACCGAAAUCCUCAACGGCCAUCUCUUAAAGAGCUCGUCGAGCAAGGCGCUGUUCUCGAGACAGACAUCAGAUCAGCUAUUCGAAACAGCAACGAAGUUGUCUUGUGUGUCUCAAUCUACGACAACAUCAUGGACGUCCUCGGACGUGCCCUUCCCUUGGGUGGAGGGGAACGCUCUGUCUCGGUCAUCAAUAUUAUAACGGGAACUCCCAAGGAGGCGCGCGAUAUGGCAUCAUUCCUUAAGAAGAACGGCAUCACUGCGUAUUUUGACGGUGCCAUCAUGGUGACGCCGGCGUUGGUAGGCACCGAACACGCUUCAAUGUUUUUCAGCGGCGAGAAUGACGCCAAAUUCAGCGAAGUAUCCCCGCGUUAUCUGGAGCCACUGGGGAAAGUCCACUACAUCUCUGAGGAUUCUGGAGCAGCAAGCUUGUGGGAUCUCGCAGCCCUAGCUGCCUUGUAUGGAACCUUCACCGGAGGUAUCGUUGCUCUCAACCUACUCAAACGCCAAAAGCCGGAAAAGGGCAAUGAGAACCCCCCCGACAACCAAGAAACCGAUGGACAAGAUCAUAUUGCCGCUGCUUUCGACUUUCUUAUCUCAUCUGUCUGA